AUGGGUGUUUUUCGUGAUCUACUCACUGUUGUGUAUGUAACAUGGAGACAAUACCUAUAUACUAGUGGAGCUCUACUCACCUUGACAUGGAAAUGGAUGACGAAAGGAAAGGAUUAUUUCGUGGAAUACGUGUAUCCAGAACCGGAAUGUUUGAAGAAUUGGAAUCACAAGUAUGUUCAGUUGAAAGAUAUUCGAAUGCACUAUGUUGAGGAAGGACCAGUGGAUGGAGAGGUUCUUCUGAUGGUUCAUGGAUUUCCAGAGUUUUGGUAUUCAUGGAGAUUUCAGUUGGAGUAUUUUAAACGAACGCAUAGAUGCAUCGCUAUCGACAUGCGUGGAUACAACACCACAGACCGCCCAUCUGGAAUCUCCAACUACAACAUGAGCCUUCUUAUCGAUGACAUUCGCCAAUUCAUCGAAACUCUUGGACUCAAAAAAGUCACUCUCGCAGCUCAUGAUUGGGGUGCUAUGAUCUGUUGGAGAGUAGCGAUGCUCCAUGAAAACCUCAUCGAUCGUCUGAUUAUCUGUAAUGUUCCACAUCCGAUUGCCUUCUAUGAAGCAUACAAAAUAAGUAAGGAGCAGAGAGAGAAGAGUUGGUAUAUCUACUUGUUCCAAUCUCAAUAUAUCCCUGAAAUCGCAAUGAGAUCCAAUAAAAUGAGAAUGUUGGAGGCGAUGUUCAGAGGGAAGAAGGCGGGAAUUCGAAACUCUCAAAACUUCACAGACGAGGAUAUGUUGGCGUGGAAACAUGUAUUCAGUCAACCAGGAGGCACAACUGGACCACUAAAUUACUAUCGUGACCUAUUCAAUGCUCCUUCGAUACCACGAAAACUAGUGGUAGUUCAACCGAAAGUAUUGAUUUUAUGGGGAGAUGAAGACGAGUUUUUGGAUAAAAGAGGAGCAGAAUUGUCUGUUAAAUUCUGCCGAAACGGCCGCGUUCAAAUGAUCCGUGGAGCAUCUCACUGGGUUCAACAAGAUCAACCAGAGCUCGUCAAUGCCUACAUGGAGCAGUUCAUGAAGGAAGACAAUUAUAGAGUUUCUGAGAAUUUGAACGAGUUUAAAUCUCAUCUGUAA